UUCUUCUUCGCACGUGAAUAUCCCUUUUAGGGUUAUCUCUUUCUAUUAUGGAUCAUCUGCAACAAUCUAUGUUCUCUGCAAUUAGGGUUUGGGGUUUCGAUUUUACGCGCUUCCCUCGUGGAACUUUUGGGGUUUCGAUUUUAGGGUUUCUUUUAAUUUAUUUAUUAGGGUUUCAUGAAGGAUCGGCGAUACGGUAAUUUAGGGGGUUUUAGGGUAGCGGCUAUUAAGCCGGCUUAACAAGGUUAAAUUAUUGGUCUUUCGUCCAACUCUGUUGUGGGUUUUGACGUUGACGAACCCGAAGUUCGGCGAUCGAGUUUUCUGCCUUACUUUUUGUUUCAGUGUUUGUCGUUUAGUUUAUUGUAGUGGCUGAAGUUCUGGGUUUUCGAUGGGGGAAUGAUUAUGCGGCUUGUUGUUUUUUAUUGAGGUUAUGGAAGAAAGCAUGGGAUAUGGAGGAUUUUAUUGAUACCAUUGAGUGACUGAUUUGGGAUGGUACUUGAAUGUUUGUUAUUUUAGAGCAUUAUGGAUAUGAAAGUGGCAAGGAGGACUGAACGAACUGUUGGGACAACAUGUGCGUAUUGGCUUGCUGGAAGAUGCAACAGAAACCCUUGCAGGUUUUUGCACGGAGAAACACCAGUACCCGUACCAUCUGCUCCUUAUUAUAAAGCGAAGAAUGCUUAUUGUUAUAUGAAGCCCAAUUCUUCCUACGAGAAGAUCCCUCGGUAUAAAUCAAGGAGAGUAUAUGUUAGAAAUAAUGAUGAUGGAGGAGAUGGGACAAAUGUAACUGUGGCUUCUCAGUCCAAAAGUCCGUCACAAAGCAUCUGCAGAUACUGGAUGAAGGACAAUUGCGCACAUGGUGACCAGUGCCAGAAUUUACAUUCAUGGUUUUAUGGUGAUAGGCUUUCCAAAGUAGCAAACCUUCAAGAGCAUGAGAAGGUUGUCACUGGGAUUGCACUUCCAGUUGGAUCAGAUAAACUUUAUUCUGGCAGCGUUGAUGGGACAGUUCGGAUGUGGGACUGUCAUUCUGGUCGAUGUGCUGAUGUGAUAAAUCUUGGUGUUGAAAUUACCUCCUUCAUCAGUGAGAGCCCAUGGGUUUUUGUUGGGGUGCGGAGCGCUGUAAGGGCUUGGAAUAUUCAGACUGCUUCUGAGUUUACUCUUAAUGGUCCUAAGGGGCAAGUUCUUGCCAUGAUUGUUGGCAAUGAUACACUGUUUGCUGGAGCAGAGGAUGGUGUAAUUUCUGCAUGGAGAGGCAGCUCUGAAGCUAUUUCCCCUUUUGAACUGAUUAAAUCACCAAGUGGCCACACUAAAGCUGUGGUUUGUCUGACUGUUGGUAGAAAUAAGCUGUACUCUGGGUCCAUGGACCAUAGCAUAAUGGUUUGGAACCUUGAUACUUUAGAGUGUAAAAUGACCCUCAAUGGGCAUACUGACAUAGUCACAUCCCUUAUUUGUUGGCACAAUUAUUUGUUAUCAAGUUCAUACGACUGCACAAUUAAGGUCUGGACUGCCACCGAAGAGGGAACUUUUGAAGUGACAUAUACGCACUCUGAGGAAAAUGGUGUUCUUGCACUUAGUGGGAUGACUGAUGCAGAAGACAAGAAUAUACUGUUUUGCUCUUGCAGAGACAAUUCAGUUCACCUGUAUGAAUUGCCAUCAUUUUCUGAGAUGGGUCGAAUAUUUGCCGAGAAAGAAGUUCAAUCAUUAGAAAUAGGUCCUGGUGGGCUUUUUUUCACUGGAGACACGGUUUGCUGACAGUGUGGAAAUUGCUGGAACUACCCAAGAUGCCAUCCUCAUGAGAAAUGUCCCUGAACCGCGAGCGAUAUUGAUUGUUACAACUUACAAGAUGUUUAUAUUAGAUGACAAAUUCCAAUUUUCUAUUUCUUGUGGUGCUAGUUUGUUUUUUCUAGCAGAUGUAUGGGUGAAUCUUGUAUGGCUGAAUAUUUUAUUAAUGGAAACCAUUUUUUUUG